UAGUCGGUGCUCUUCAUUUCUUAAUUUAUUUGUUUGAACACCACGGCCACCGGCGCCGCUACAAGGCCAUGUGUCAAUAUUUCCUUCCUUCUAAAUAUGUCAACUAGAUUUCCAUCUAAGUCCAAGAUAUAUGCUACUUGUGCGCCAAACAGGAGCAGGAAAUUCCCUCUAAAUCUAGAAGAAACUCGCUGGCUCUCUUGGUUGUUGAGAUAAACAAAGAAAGAAACCAUGGCUUCGUCUCUUCAGCUCUCUCCACUCCUCUUUCUGCUUCUCCAGGGCAUUCUGCUACCUAGUCUCAUCUACUGCAAUGGUGAUGAAAACAAUCUUCUUCAAGGAAUUAACAGUUACAGGCAAUCGCUAAGCCUACCGACACUUUGGAAGAACGAUAAAGCAGGGUGCCUUGCCGAUGAAAUAGCCAACCAGUUGGAGGACCAACCAUGUGGCAGUCCCACCGGCCCCAUCACCACGUCGAGCUCCCAAACUCAAAUUACCAAUUACCCGGGGCUUCUCAGGAAGUGCAAAAUCAACAUAAGUACGACGAUGGACGGGGUGGUAUUACCGGUUUGUGUUCCUAAGCUUGUUCCCACUUUGGUCCUGACAAACUACACGAGCACCGAGUACUCGAGGUACAUCAACGAUUCCAAGUACACCGGGGUCGGCUUAGGCUCAGAAGAUGAUUGGAUGGUGGUCGUCUUGACGACGAACACACCAUCCGGAAGCUUUGUCAGCGCCGCCGAGGAUCUGGUUCCUAAGGCUGCCCGGUGGAUGGGUCACUGCUUGAUAAUUUUGCUGUUGGGAGUGCUGCUUCUCGUGCUGUAGCUAAUGCAUGCAACUCUUUGGUUGCCUCUUGUGCAGGAAAAAUGUAGCUUUGUGACCUUAGAGGGGAUCUAAUUUAGUACCAGCAUUAGUGUCUUAUCAUCUUCUUCUCAUUGUAAUGUAAUAUAUAUCUUCCACUGGGAUGAACUUUUUAAGUAUGCUAGCUGAUCUUUUCUGUUCCAGAUGCUUGUUUUAAGGAAUGUCAAUGUGGCCUUGUUAAUGCAACUAAACCCGAGCUUGCAAUUGCUUGGUUGCUCCUAAGUUCAAACAAAAUGGAAACUCACUCUAGACCCUUAAAUUUGUUCAACUUUGUCUCCAGGGCA